GUGCCUUAUGAAACACUGAACAAACGCUUCCGAGCUGCUCAGAAGAACAUCGACCGUGAGACCAGCCACGUCACCAUGGUGGUGGCCGAGCUGGAGAAGACCCUGAGCAGCUGCCCUGCCGUGGACUCCGUGGUCAGCCUUCUGGAUGGCGUGGUGGAGAAGCUCAGCGUCCUCAAGAGGAAGGACCUGGUGAACAUCGAGAUGUUCCUGACGGCCAAGGAGGUGGAGGAGUCCCUGGAGAGGCGCGAGACGGCCACCUGCCUGGCCUGGUGCCACGACAACAAGUCCCGGCUGCGCAAGAUGAAGAGCUGCCUGGAGUUCAGCCUCAGGAUUCAGGAGUUCAUCGAGCUCAUCCGGCAGAACAAGAGACUGGACGCCGUGAGACACGCACGGAAGCACUUCAGCCAGGCCGAGGGGAGCCAGCUGGACGAGGUGCGGCAGGUCAUGGGCAUGCUGGCCUUCCCGCCGGACACCCACAUCUCCCCCUACAAGGACCUGCUGGACCCGGCCCGGUGGAGGAUGCUGAUCCAGCAGUUCCGGUACGACAACUACCGGCUGCACCAGCUGGGGAACAACUCCGUGUUCACCCUCACCCUGCAGGCCGGCCUCUCGGCCAUAAAGACGCCGCAGUGCUACAAGGAGGACGGCAGCUCCCGGAGCCCCGACUGCCCCGUGUGCAGCCGCUCCCUGAACAAGUUGGCGCAGCCCCUGCCCAUGGCCCACUGCGCCAACUCCCGCCUGGUCUGCAAGAUCUCGGGCGACGUGAUGAACGAGAACAACCCGCCCAUGAUGCUGCCCAACGGCUACGUCUACGGCUACAACUCUCUGCUCUCCAUCCGUCAAGACGACAAGGUCGUCUGCCCGAGAACCAAAGAGGUCUUCCACUUCUCCCAGGCCGAGAAGGUGUACAUCAUGUAGGCGGCGCCUGCCUCGCGGUGCCUGUUUCUUGCGACCAAAGAUCCGUGAGCAACGGCAGACGCUUAGGAGCAGAGGAAGGAGAGGGGCAGCCUGUACUGGGAGCCACACUUGAUCGUAGGACUUGGUAAUGGGAGUCGACGAGCUGAUGCGUCCGGGGAGGACCGGCACCUUCCGGCACCUUCCAGAGACUCGAGACCCACUGGACACCAGGGAGACCUGAGGACGUUUCAGAAACAGUUUCCUCCCUGUUGCUCGUGACCAGCCUGGGAGCAGGCGUGUCCUGGGUGGUGGCGCCUCGCAUGGACGGCUCUCGUCGCUUGCUGGCGUGGCUGUGCCCCCCGUGGGGCCCCAUGGCCACCUGCGAGGCCUGCGUGGUGGUGGCACUCAGCUCCAAACGCUGUUGGCACAGACGAACGUCCAGCUGAAUAACCACAACGACUUGGGAUCCAGGGAACCGAGUAGCCGACGCCGCUGUCCGUAGGUUUGUGCUUAGUGCUCAGUUGCAUGUGGAUGUUGCUUAGCUAAUAAACUGUACAUGUAACCAUGUCAAUAAAAGGGUUUCUAUUUCUCGUU